ACGGCAGUGUAGUCGGCGAUGUGGGCGCCACUUUCAAUCCUUUUCCAUCCGUACAAAAUUAUUGAGACAACGUUUUAGUCGUGCAAUGUACGAUAUCCGGGAACACACAUGAUUAGUUUACAUAAGUGAGUUUCAGUGGGGAAAACCGCUUUCUGAAUGAAACUAGACAUCCCUUAGAUGGAGGAGGUGCAAGGCAAGAGAGAAACAUUUUUACGAGUUCGGGCAAAUAGGCAAACAAGACUGAAUGCCCGUAUAGGGAAAAUGAAGAGGAGGAAGCCAGAGGAGGGGGGCCAGGUAUGUCCACUGUGCAGCGCCCCAUUGGCUGGGAGCGAGGAGGAGAUGAGUAGACAUGUGGAACAAUGCCUGCUCCAGCGUGAGGGAGCAUUUGGUGAUGACGACUCUGCAGACGUGGAUGGAGAGAAUGGCCGUGGGUUCGAGGAGUACGAGUGGGCGGGCCAGAAGAGGAUCAGAGCCACUGCACUGCUGGAGGGAGGCUUCAGGGGAACAGGUUUUGCCAUGUGUAGUGCCAAGGAGAGCGCCGGAGACAGUGACGCAGACCUGGACGUGGACGGAGAUGACACCCUGGAGUACGGCAAGGCCCAGUACACCGAGGCAGACAUCAUCCCCUGCUCCGGGGCUGGAGAGGACCAGGGGGAAGCCAGGGAGAGGGAGGCACUACGGGGGGCUGUGCUCAAUGGUGGGAUGCCCUCUAACAGAAUAACGCCAGAGUUCUCCAAAUGGACCAACGACGAGAUGCCUUCAACAAGCAAUGGAGAGAGCAGCAAGACGGACCCAAACACUCCUUCAUCAUCCUCCUCCUCUUCUUCCUCCUCCACCCUGCGCACUUGUAAAAACAGUGAAAUAGAAAAGGUGACGGAGGAGUCCACAGCCACCACCCUGGAGGCUCUGAAGGCCCGUAUCAGAGAGCUGGAGAAGCAGAUAUUGAGAGGCGACCGAUAUAAGUGUCUCAUCUGCAUGGAUGCUUAUACAAUGCCGCUCACCUCUAUCCAAUGCUGGCACGUCCAUUGUGAAGAAUGCUGGCUUAGGACUCUGGGAAACAAGAAGUUGUGCCCACAGUGCAACACCAUCACCUCACCUGGGGACCUGAGGCGUGUCUACUUGUGAAGAACACGCUCCUUCUUUUCCAUCCCUUAGGUCUCUUCACCUCAUCCCAUCCGACCCUAUCUAAUUGUUCCCAGUUGAUUCUCUCUCUCACUUUCUCUCUCUCUCUCGCUCUUUUUCUCUAUCUCUCUCUCUUCCCUGGAUUGGAAGCUUAAGACCUCUUAAGAGCAUACAGAUACAAUGCAGCUGUCUUUAAGACACCACUGGCAUUUCCAAGGGGUUGAAGCUGGCUUACUGACUGAAUGGCUCUUUCCCUGAUUGUUUGAGGACGGAGCGUUUGAUUUUCUGACUGAAUGAACAACUGGCCGGCCAAAAAUGUAGUAAGAAAAGCAUCUGGACCCCAUGAUCCCAUCAGACGACUGGUAUCGUUCCAGCAAGUUGACUGACAGGCUUCCUCAUCUUUCUGUCCUCCUCUCCCUCACUGGCAUUACCGCCCUCUACAUGCAAUGUGUGGUAUUGCAUCUCCAAAAGACUACUGAGCCCUGGAGGUUUUGGCCCUGGCCAAAGUCGGCUGUGGCGAUUAAUUAAAACUGAGUCCCAUCACGCGUUAACCCCCCUCCACUAGCCAGCUACCUACCAUGGCCAGCCAAACCUUACUGUGACCCUACAGAUGUUUCUCUCACCGCUCACCUCCGCCACGCCUCCCCUCACCUCCUAGAGUCCCUGUUGGAACUUAGUAUGGAAAACCCACGACCCAUUUUGGUGUUGUUCUUUGACACAAUUUUUUUGUUUGGCCAUAGAGAAAGAAAGGUCUUCUUCUAGGUUGGGCUUUGCAAGGCAGCCUUGCUUAAACUGAGAGUCCCUGUUGCUUGGAGAAUGGAUGGUGGAGGAGGGUGACAAAGGGGAGACCUGUCCACUCAAACUGAGCUUUCAACCAAACUGAGGAUGACUACAGCAAACAUUGAGGAGUUUGAUACUGCUCUUCAUCUUCUCGUUGACGCCCCCCCCCCCCGACUUCUUUUGUUCUUUUUUUGUGGUGUUCUAGUGAAGUCAACCAAAAUCUUUUCCCAAGAUGCAGUGCAAGCACAUGUAAUAUAGUCUAUGUAUGUUUACAAUGUUGGGUGUAAAUGACAUAGAAUUCACACACGUACACACAAAUACAUGCAUACAGUUGCACACAUACAUGCACACACACAAAACAGACAGAGACCUAUACACAGACAUACGGAAGUAUAUAAUAUCAAAGUCCUGUUUUCAGUUCAAGUUUUUGGAGGGGAACUAUGUUUAGGGGAAAAAAAUGGCUUGAAAAAAACGCCUUCUGUAUUUUUAAAAAAAAGAUGUUGAUGUCUUGAGGUUGAAGUUGUAUUUCACUGUACAGGAAUAAAAAUAAAUAAUAAUAAUAAAACUACUCAAAACUAGAGGUUCAAGAUUUAGAUGGUGUACAUUUUUUUUCCAUGGAACUUCAGUCUGUCCCUAAAACGCUGUAGAUUUGAACACACAAUUUAUCCAAGAACUAUUUUUUUUUCGUUUGUUUGUUUGUUUGUUUCAGUUGCCCUCAAUUUUUAAGAGCAUCGAGAAAUGGAAUUGCUCCUGAAUUGCAACAGUGUCUGCAGAGAGCUGCUGUGCUUUAAGAGUUCAUCGUGAACCAUAGGCGGAUUACUAGACAAUGGGCCCCUGGGCACGGAUGUGUGUAAAAGUCCCCCACCCCCACCCCCUGCAGAGCAGGUACACUUGCUUGCAGCCAACAGCACAUUAACUAAAUUCACCUGUACCUCAACAGGAUUUACAGUGCAGAUACACAUAAUUAACGCCAACUAAGAUAUCAACUAAGAUACUGUCUCCUGCAGUUUCCUUCACUUUCUCAGUAGGAAUUUUGGGGCUCUGUUAUUUGACUAAGCCCUUUGACUAUGCGACAAGAAAUGCAAAGAUAAUAACAGCGAUUUCACGCAGAGGCUCUGGCUUAGGGGCCCCCGGGCCUAGGCCUGUUCGGUAAUCACCCAUGUCAGGAGCAAUGUUAACUUUAAUUUAUGUUUCUUUGCUUUGUUUUGGGUUGGGGGUUUUUUUUCUCAGUUUUUCUGAGUUAACAAUCUAGGAAGAAAAAAAAGUGUCUCUUUUGUUAUCCCCCUACCUGUCUCGAAAGGAAGUGUCUUCUCCGGUGUUUUUCAUUUUGCCAUGCUGCAUUGAAGUCCCAAACAGGCAACCCCCAACAGGCAGGUUCUUUUUAGCUAUGACGUGAGGGAAGGUUCGGAGAGGAGGGAUGGCCACGGCUGAACUGGCAACCUCCACGCAACCACAUGUUCCCCUCCUCUCUGUGGCGACAGCAAGCCGAGCUGCUGCUGGUUGGUGGUGGUGGGUGGUGGUGGUGUGCUUUGUGUUUGUAAAACUAUGUAUUCUGUGGUGUCUGUAUUGUUGUAAGCAAUGACAAAAGAAAAAAAAAUAAUAAACCUUCUCAAGUUUUACGAGUGGUCCUGUUCACAAAACCCAGGUGGAAACUGUUGAGAUACGGGGGAGGAUCAGAUGUUGUAAAGAACAUUUUUCACUAAAAAUAUAUGGAGGGGAAAGAUGGCCUUAAUGCAAAAAGACUCACCUGUUUGGUUUAUGUGCAUUCUCUAAUAGACCCGUUUGAAAUGUCAUCUCAGUGCACAUUGUUUUCCCUUCAUGCAUAUAUUUUUUUUCCCAAGAUGGUCUCAUUUCACCAUGAAACAACAAAAUGAGUUUGACCAGAAAACAGGCCAAAGGUUAAACCGCUCACCUUUGUCUUUUAUUUUUGCAGAGAACUGUACUUGGAUGUAAUUACACAUUAAACGGUCUGAAAUCUUAAAAGAUCUUUGGGCCGAGCGUUCAUCACUGAAUCGAAAUAGUUAUUAGCUUUCCACCCUCUUCGUUCCACUUAGCUAGGUAUUAUUGAGUUUUAUGUACUAAUGGGCUUAAAAAAAAGGAAAACACACUUUAGCAAGGCAACGUUAAGUCAUGAAUGGAGGAUCCCCUCAGUCUCUCACACCCUCCCAUUGUGAUUCCUCCAACCAUGACAAGUUCAUUUGAACCUGCCCCAAAGAUGACAAAUUGCACAAGAGGAUUGUGUCAAAACUAAUUUGUGUCUUGUAUAUUAUUGGAAAUGGUACAUGUCUUUCCCGU